AUGCGGCUUCAAGUGGUCCUCCCCCUUGCCGCGUGCUUGUCGCCCGUCGCGGCCAUCUUUUCUGAUGAGGUUAAUCAUAUUGACUUCCAUCAUGCCCUUCUCGGUGCGCCCUCCCCCGACUCGACUUUCUUCCUGAAGCCCUCCUCGUCCUCGAACGCCUCUCUCCUGUACACAAUCUCCGAGAAAUCAAUUGUCGGCGCAGUGAAUCCUCGCGAUGGCUCAUUGAUCUGGCGCCAAGAUCUCGGUCGCUUCAGCUCUUCGCCCACUGGUCCAGGAAUUCUCCGGGGUCUGGAUGGAAACAGCGCGGUGGUCAGCGCCGCUGGUGAUUCUAUCUCGUCAUGGAGUGCCCAGGACGGCAAAUUGAUUUGGGAAUCUCGACUGUACGGCGGUGCAGUCGCAGAUCUUGAGCUUCUCGAGCUACACGAUGCUAGCGAAAGCCCUGACUCAAGAGAUGCGAUUGCCUUGACUUAUAGCGACGGGACCGGAGUGGUGAGGCGGCUGGACGGUGAUUUGGGAAAGACCAAGUGGGAAUAUAAGGAUACAAGCGGUGAUAUGGCAUUCCAGGUCUCGUCCUCGCCGACAGAGAUCUUCUACAUCUCGCUUCAACCCGCCUUGUUGAAGGGCUACCGGAUCAAAGUGACUGCACUCGAUCCGGUGACCGGCCGCCAGUCCCGCCAUGUAAUCUUGAACUCCGAGAGCGAUGUCACCGGCCAAGAAUCGAUACUCUUCGUCGGCGCGAAUACCGCUUCUCCUCUAAUUGUGUGGACAGAUAAGUCGCUGAAAACCCUCAAGGUCAACGUUAUUGGCACGAAGCACGUUACCUCACUGCCGAUUGAUAACGCCUCUGGUCUUGAUAUCGGGGAGAUCACCGUUCAUGCUCCCCGGAAGCUGAACUCACUUGCUCAUUUCUUGGUUCACUAUAAAACAAAGAGUGGUGCUUGGGCAGAGGUCUACCAUGUUGAUAUGAAGUCGUCCGUCGUCACCAAAGCUUACAACCUCCCCUACCUCCAGGGUCAGUCGGUGGUCGCAACAAACAACAUCAAUGCCAACGUCUACUUCACUCGGGUGACCGAUGCUGAGGCUGUGGUAGUCUCCUCUGCUUCUCACGGAAUUCUGGGACGCUGGAAGGCGGACGUGUCCACCAGCGACCCAGCACUGCAUGCCGUCGCGGAUGUUGUCACCAAGGGUAAAACUGUUGCUGUUCGCUCAGCUGUUAUUCGCGAAUCAGGCGACUGGUCUUUGAUCCGCAAUGGACACACUGAGUGGACUCGUCCCGAGGCUCUGGUUCACACGGUUGCUGCGGCUUGGGCAGUUGAGGAGGAUCUGGAGGACCUGGCGCAUGAGCUUGAGAUUGAGGGCCAUGAGAGUCUUGUUGGUGCCUACAUCCAUCGUGUGAAGCGCCAUCUCCGUGAUUUGCAGUACUUCCCCGAGUGGCUCAAGGACCUUCCCAAGCGUAUCGUCACCAGCAUGCUCAGCGACGAAGUCUCUAAUUUGGAUAGCUUUGGUGUUGCUCAGUCAAUCAUCCUGGCCACUGACAAGGGACGUGUCUACGCCCUUGAUACUGGGCGUCAUGGGAUCAUCAAGUGGGCUAUUCAGGCUGAGAAGACCUCUGAUUGGGAUGUCAAGGCUAUCCUUGCGAAUCCUGGUUCGGCUGAAGUUUUUCUAGGCGACGGAAGCUCAGUGCGUGUGAACAGUUCCACUGGAGAGAUCCUCGCCAAAUCACCCCCAACGGAUGUGAAGCUACAGACUAUUGCCACCAUCAACCAGCAGGCCGGGCUAUCGGCGGCCCAGAAUGGGGCUAUCGGCAUUCGUGGAGAUGGUACCCCCGUCGCGCCUCUUGAUCUUCUGAGUGGCUUCCUCGUCACCACCAGCAGUGAUGGACGUCUGCUUGGAUGGGCUCGGAAGGACAGCAAGUUCCCCGUGUGGGACUUUGUUCCACCGGCUGGCCAGAAAGUCGUCAAGGCUGUGAGCCGCCCGUCACAUGACCCUGUUGCGUCGAUCGGCAAGGUUCUCGGAGAUCGAUCUGUCUUGUACAAGUAUCUCAAUCCGAACUUGGUCCUGGUGACGGCUGUGAACGAGCAGGAACAUAUCGCAGGAUUCUAUCUGCUGGAUGGAGUUUCUGGCAAGGUCUUGCACUCUGUGAGCCGUGCCGGCGUUGAUCCCACUCAGCCUAUCACAUCAGCCAUCUCCGAGAACUGGUUCGCUUAUUCGUUCUUUGGGGACGCACUUGAAGAAUCUUCCGCCAAGGGUUACCAGCUUGUGGUGUCAGAGCUCUACGAGUCGCCCAUCGUGAACGAUCGUGGCCCCUUGGGCUCUGCUGGGAACUUCUCGAGUCUUCAUAAUGAGCGCGGUGAUAGCCUCCCACUUCCCCACGUUGUUUCUCAGUCAUUUGUCAUUGCCGAACCCAUUUCCCACAUGGCUGUGACCCAGACUCGCCAGGGUAUUACAAUUCGACAGCUUCUUUGCGUUUUGCCCUCUUCCAAUGCCAUUGUUGGCAUUCCCCGGCAUGUGCUGGACCCCCGUCGCCCUGUUGACCGUGAUCCUACCUCUGCCGAGGCAGAAGAGGGUCUGUUCCGCUAUGCUCCCUUCCUGGAGUUUGACGGUCGGUGGUACCUGAGUCACUCUCGUGAUGUCGCAGGUAUUAAAACUGUAUUGUCUCAACCUACUCUCCUGGAGAGUACCAGCUUGAUCUUUGCCUUCGGAGGCGACAUCUUUGGUACUCGUGCCACUCCAAGCCAAGCCUUUGACAUUCUGGGCAAAAGCUUCUCCAAGUUGCAACUUGUCUUGACCGUCGUCGCUCUGACGGGUGGCGUUAUGUUCUUGGCUCCUAUGGCACGAGCGAAACAAGUCAACAUGUUGUGGAAAUCUACUUAG